AUCUCAAUAUCAGUAUAUGGCUACGUUUGUGAACAACGCACUUAGGGUGCUUUGUGCGAAGUUGUUUAACUCGAAAUAUAAUCAUCAACAUCUGUGCGGUUCGACUGGGUGUGUUACGGUACCACACUGUAUUCUGAGGGAGGAGACAGCCGGGUUUUAAUCUUUCACAGAGCGACAGGCGCUGCAUCUCAAUGGUCCAGGCGCAACUGGAUUCAACGUAAUGCUCAGAACACGGUGAAAGCGACAGCAGGGAAGAGAUUUACCAUAACCCGGUCCACCAUUUUACGGGUAUUUUUUUAUACGAAUGUGUGUGUAUGUGUUUGUUUUUACUUAAUGGAAGCAACAGUGUUACAUUCUCAAAUGAUGGCGGACGUUAACUGCAACAAAAAUGUAAACGCGGAGCUUGAGGUGAAAAAGCUGCAAGAACUCGUCCGUAAAUUGGAGAAGCAAAACGAACAACUAAGGACCCGGGCAAACGCUGUAAGCACUUGCACAGCUACCUCCCACAUCCUACAGUCUUCGUCGGCCUGUUUGCACCGCAGUUCCGUCGGUGCUGCUGCUAGCCCAGUUUUCGCAGGGAGUUAUUGCAUUCCGAGCCCGCUACCUACUCUCUUCUGUCCGUCCGCUCUAGACCCGUUUUGCGAGGCAGAAGAGCCCUUCUCUUAUUUCCACACGCACUCUGCACCUUACGCCGAGGCAGAAGAUGUCUGUAACGACCCCACAGAACCUACAGUCUUGGACGAAGUUGAUAUAUUAGACUUAAAUUCCUUGCUCCCUUGCAAUGAGGGGUCUGAAGAUACCUGGUUAUAUGUGUCUCCAAAGGCCAAGCCUUGGAGAGAAUAUACCCUCAGCCCACUGCAGUGGUGCAGGCAAGUUCUGGACAACCCCAGACCUGAGGUGGAAGCUGCCAAGCGUUCCCUGUGUCACAGGCUGGAGCAAGCCCACAGGUGGAGGGGUGUCGUCUCCAGCCGUGUCUCCCCUGCCCUCACCCCUGUAGCUGGAGUGCCCCCCCUCCGCAGCUCCUUCAAGCCCUGCUCCAAGCCUGCAGUGCCAGAGCAAGCAGCUUCAUCCUCCUCAUCCAGCCAUACUCCACUCCACCUGACUCCAACAGCCAAUGGGAAGGGCUGCUCAGACAAUGCCGAGAGAUCUCCCUCAUUUCUCUGUCAGUCAGCCAAUCUCCGUCUGAAGUACGGAAUGUCUCCCAUCAACCGAUCUGAAGGUUCCAGUCGCAGACAGCUGCCUCUCAGCCGCCAGUCUUCCCUCGACAGCGAGCUCAGCACUUCCGAACUGGAGGACGACUCCAUCUCCAUGGGCUACAAGCUGCAGGACCUAACGGACGUGCAGGUCAUGGCCCGGCUGCAGGAAGAGAGUCUGCGUCAGGACUACGCCUCCAGCUCAGCCUCCAUCAACCGGAGGAGCUCCAGCUUCUCCUUUUACUCGCGCCGGAGGGGGGUGGGCAGCCAGCCGGAUCUGCCGAGCGAGGAGAGGUGCGAUGGGCCGCCUCCACUGGAGGCCCGCCUGGGCCGGGCCAUGCCCCUGCAGCGAGGCCUGCCCCACUCCCACACCUUCUCCAGUGUGAGGGACUGCCGCCGCGGCCCCUCUGCCCCUCAGCACCUCAGCAACCUCUCCUACCACCAGUACUCCAGCCCCGCUGUGCAGGGCUAUAUCCCUGAGGUGGAGAGCCACAGGCCUAGCACAGGACCUACUAUUUGGAAUCAACCUGAAUAUGAGAAUAAGCUGCAGAGAAGCAUGCCCAACCUGGUGCGGGCUCCCAGCAUGCCCAGCGUCCCGAGCAUGUUCAGCAUCCACAGCCCCGCCGGCCACACCAGCUCCUUCUCCUCCAUCCGCAACAGCCACAGCUUCGACUCGUCCAACGCCCUGGCCAAGCUGCAGUCCUCAAUUCCCUCCCCAGGUCAGCUGCAGCACCGUGUCCAGAGCGUGGGGAACUUCUCCACAUCUGCGCGGCAGCCCCUCAAGGCCACGGCCUACGUCAGCCCCACCAUACAGGGUCCCAGCUCCGCGAACGCCGCCGUCAGUUCGCACUCCAGCAUUCCCCUCCCCAGCAAGCCCAGCGGCUUGUCCGCCAUGGGCCGCAGCGGCCUGCCACGGCCCGCCUCCUUCAUCGGAACCACGGCCAUCCCUCGCAGCAAAAUCGCCCAGCCAAUGCGCAGUUUACUCAACCCCCCAAAGAGCCUCUCUGCACUCAGCACUCUGCGAGAUAGCAGCUGGAGAGAUGGGUGCUACUAAUGGAGGAUGAAGCCCAUUGGCCGACAGAAAGAUCUGGAACAGUGUUCGGUGCUCAGCUGGCUGGGCGCGAUUACUGUCACAAAGUGUUCUUGGAAAGGAAGAGAAAUAGACAAGCUGUACAGAAUACCUCAAAGGUCUAGCUUUUUAAAAACGUGAGUCUGUGAGAUGCUCUAUUAAUUAUACUGGUAUAACAGAGUGACACUUUAACAUUAUGCACUGUUGUAAUGCUGCUCCUACGGGUACAUCGGGUACAGGUAUGUCAGAUUGUCAUAUUCUUCAAGCAAAGCAUAUGAGCCAAAAAGCUGAAUGAAAGUCAAAGUUUUGAAACUGUUUCGAAAGUCGGGUUACCAUUGAAAUGAUUUCCUAUUUUAUAUAUAUAUUUUCCACCACAGUUGUUUAAUCAUAUGAGAUAACAAGUAACAUUGUGGUGCCUGUUGUAUAAGUAUUUAAAUUAAUUUACUUAAAUUACUUGCAGUAAGUGUCGUCUUGACUUGAAGUACUGGACAAGAAUAUAUGUUUCUUUGGAAUGAGAAUAAUUCUGUUUUUUUCAGGCCACAAAUGUAGCAAUAUUCCUGUGUCAAAACCCACUGGUCCUUUUGGUCUUUUUUCCCUCUUUCUCUUUCAAGAAUUCAUUUUGUAUGUUUUACUUUGUUUGU